AUGGCAUGGGAAGAAAAGUUGGAGCGAAGUCAGCUACCGCGGCUCUUCCACCUGGACGACUACGAGCGCUGCUUGGGGCUCGGGGGACUCUACUGCACUGGCACCUUUCGACUCUACCACGAGAAAGAUUCCGCGGCUUAUAAAUUUAUCAAGGAGUACUCCUCCGACCGCCGCCACUUCGACCGCACGCUGCUGCACCGCGGCUACUGCCUCUCCGCGCGCUGCCCCACCCACGAGCCCAACACCACGCUGCGCUUCGAGCAGUGCGUGGAGCAGCACGCGCUGGUGCCCGGCCUGCGGGCGGCCAUGGUCUCCUACUCCUGCUCGACGAAGGUGGAGGAGGUGGACACCUCGCAGCGCAUCUUCCUAUACGUGAUAGCUCUGUUUGUUGCUCUCAAUGUCGUGGGGACGUUGUACGAUCUGGUUAUGGGCGAAAAAAAGAACAAGUUCGUAAUAGCGUGGUCGGUGCGCGCGAACUGGCGGCGCCUGGUCUCCACCUACGAGGACGGAGACCCGCGCCUCUCUGCGCUCGCCCCCAUACAGGGAGUCAGAGUGGUGCUGCUGGUGCUGGUGAUGAUGACGCACUCCGCGGAGAUCCAGCACAAGUUGUAUCAGUACAACCCUCAUUAUUUAGAGAAAAUCCUGAACCACCCGGUAACAAUGCUGAUCCGCAACGGUUCGGCGCUGGUGCAGGGCUUUGUGGUGAUCUCCAACUUCCUGUUCGCGUACAGUCUGCUCCUCAUCUCCAGGAACCGCCAACUCGGUCUCACUCACCUGCCAAUGUGCUUAUUGCACAGAUUCCUUAGACUUGCCCCAGUUCAUUUGUUGGUCGUUGGAUUCGCGGCGACGUGGUGGCGGCGGGCCGGAGACGGCCCCCAGUGGCCCUCCAUAGUGGGAGCCGAGAGCGACGUCUGCAGGCGAAAGUUCUUCAGCCACGUCUUCUUUGUGCACAACCUGGUUAAUGCUGAUGAGCAUUGCUUGCUUCAAACUUGGUUUAUUGCUGUCGACAUGCAACUGUACAUAGUAGCAUCGGUUCUGACUCUGUGGCUUAUGGAGAAGAAAAAGCGAGCGGUCCCUCUCCUCGCGGCUUUGUUCUUUGGCUCCUGCCUCAUGAACAUGGGACUGGCGUACGUUAACGAGUGGAAGUCGUUGCUGUACAUCAUGUUACCCGAGAACGUCCGCACAACGUUCCGGGACGUACCCUCAUUCACGCGCUUCUACGUGGCGCCGUGGAGCAGCCUGCCCGCCUGCUUCCUGGGCCUGCUGCUGGCGCAUCUGCACUUCCACAUGCAGGAGAACGGGUACAAGCUCGCCAAGAGUACGAUCCUGUAUCUAAGCAGCCAUGCAAUAGUCCCGAUGCACGUGGCGUGCAUCAUGGCGGGCAACUACGUACGUGUGCACACCGGUCGGCUCGCCACCGCACUGUACGCGGGGCUGGAGCGGCCAGCUUUCGCGGUGCUAAGCGCGAUAUAUGUCAUCACUUUGGUCAACCAUGUCGACAACGUAUACCGUCGGCUGCUGUCGCUGCGGCUGCUGCAAGCGCUGGGGCGGCUGUCGCUGGCGGUGCUGAUGCUGCACUGGUGCGUCAACAUGAUGCUGGUCGCCUCGCGCCGCACGCUCUCUGAAGUGUCCGUUGGUAACAUUGCCUCAGAUCUAAUUUCAACGAUUUGGUGGACAUACGUGCUGGCGCUACCACUGACCCUACUCGUCGAGUCUCCCAUACAGAAGACUCUCAGCGCGUUUUUAUCCUGAAAACAUUUAUUUUAACUACAAUAGAAUAUAAAAGAGGACGGAAUUUCGGCCGAAACAGAGAAUUUUCCUCUUAAUCAAUUUAAUUUAUAUGCGUUGAAAAUAAAAAGAACAUAAUUUCAAAUUGUCUUCACGUAGAGCAGAAAUGAUUAUUGACAAAUUAAACAACGCCAUCUAGUCCCAGGAUAAGUAAACUUUAUAAUUAUCGAUAUACAAAAAUAUGCUUAUAUAAGUAUCAUUGUUAUGUAUACACAAGCUUACCAACAUGACGUGAUACACGCGAUUUUCACAAAAUUUGAGACAUUUGCAUAGAAAUUAUGUCGCAACAUUAGUUUUGUAGGUAAUGUGAAUACAGUUCAAAGAAUUUAAUCACACGUUUCAAUUAUGUAAAUUUACUAGCUAUCGUUGGACCUCGGUGUGGCCUUAUUAUUUAUAAGAAUAACUAUAAGCAGUUGCCAAAUAUAAUGUUAAUUCAAGGUAAUUAAGUCUAAGUAUAGCAAUUAUUAUUAUAUUUAAUUUCUAAGGAUUAAUUUGUUUUCAAGUACAGCAUGAAUCAAUAGUGAUAUUAUAUGCUAAGACUAAAGUUAUUUUGCUGGUACAAACUCAACUUUACGUCAAAGGUAUAUUGUUUAUCGGUUUUUUCUUAAAUUUUGGGCAUUAUUUAAACUUCUUUGCUGAAUAACUUGGAAUUAUUCAGUUGAAUGAAGAAAUUUUUUUGCCUUUUCGUUUGGUUUUCGUAAAAUAUUGAGAAGAU